CGUUCACGAUCCCUCCCAUUCCACUAUGGAGGCGGGAACGCGCAAUGGUUUCUGCUCCAACUCGAGCACAGUGAGAGAACAGCCUCCGGACUGCUCAGCGUUCCACUGACACUAAAAUGUCUCAUCUGCUGUCCAUCAGCAAAUAUCUCUUCGUCUUCCAAAAUAAUACAGGAGUGUACAACAUGAUUUGGGAUUGUUCUACUAACCACCACUAGAUAUUCACCUUAUAUUCGCUCAGGUGUCGAUCUGAAUUAUUUCUGUUCGAGGAGUGGAGAUUCCCACGCACAGGUGCUGAAAAUGGCAAGCAGGUACCUGGUCCUCCUUGCCCUGGGGACUGCUGUGAUUGCCAGUGUGCAGAGCUGCCCUGAGCAAUGUACCUGUUCAGAUAAGAACCCCCAUCACUUUGUGGACUGCGCUUACAAAGACCUUCUGCUGGUACCUUUGGGCUUGCCAUCCAACGUGACGACUCUCAGCCUUUCAGCAAACAAGAUCCAGGUGCUGAAAUCCAAAAAUUUCGUAAGCGUGACCCAGGUCACAUCUCUUUGGCUUUCUCACAAUGAAAUUGUCACCAUUGAGAGAAAUACGCUGGCUCCAAUGUCCCAGCUAAAGAAUCUGGACCUAAGCCAUAAUAAAAUUGUGAAUUUUCCAUGGGAGGACCUUGCCAACCUUUCCACUCUUCAGCUGCUGAAGAUGAACCACAAUGAGAUGGUCAGCCUGCCCAAAGACGCUUUUACUAACCUGAAAGAGCUGCGUUCAGUGCGCAUCAACAACAACAAGUUUACAACCAUCAUGGAAGGAACAUUUAAUCCUCUGAUUGCCAUGGUGCACCUUCAGAUUUUCAGUAAUCCUUUCAGCUGUUCAUGUCAACUGGAAUGGAUGAGGGACUGGAUUACUGGAUCUCAUUUGAAAAUCUCCAUCCCAGAUCAGAACAACAUCUUGUGUGAUGCUCCCAGCGACCUGAAAGGUAUAGAGGUUACCAAAAUACCCAAACUGGACUGUCAAGCCCCAACUGUUACCAUAACCUAUCAGCCCAACAUUGAAAGCACAGAAAUAUAUGAGGGCUAUAUGGUCAUCUUGAACUGUGAAUCUAAGGGGAACCCCCAACCUACUGUUGAAUGGGAAAUUUUGGCAGGAAACCAACUACUGACAUUCACCUUGCCAUCCAUUGUUGAAAAAAGUGAGGUGCCUAUCAAUGGAGCGCCCACUAACACCAGGUUCCUCAUCUUUCAAAAUGGCACCCUGAUUAUCCCUCGCAUGAGCAAAAAAGAAGAUGGCAACUACAGCUGCUCUGCGACCAAUGACAUGGGCAAAGCCCAAAGCACGGUGAACCUCACUAUGGCUGGCACCAAAAAGCAUGCCGUCAAUUCUAUCCUGGACACAAAAGCAGGCAUCAGUCCAUCUGGAAACAAGCCUGGCCCUAAGAGCUCCAAAAACAGUGUGAUCAAUAUGUGGCCCAAACAUGAGAAGACCAAACCUCUUCCAACUGGAACAUCAUCCAUCACUAUUAACACUGAACAAGUGGAGGAAGGCUCUGAUUCUGUAAUAUUUGCCAGCAGGUGUGGAGUAAGUGAUGGCACACAGUAUAUAUCUAAUCACGCUUUCAACCUGAGCUUGGAUGAUCUGAAACAGUACACUUUUGACUUUGGCGUGAUUGCACUGGAGGUGUCUGAAACGGAGGCUAAAGUCCAGCUCAACCCUCUUCAGAUGGCCAAUGCCAAGUCGAACCUUCACCUUAGCCAAGCGCAAGACCCAGACACUGUUAACAAAGAGACGAUCAGUAUGUACCAGACGUCGCCCAAGAAGUCCCCUAUGGACAUGCUGUAUGUGUGUGUUAGCACGGGCAAUGGACAUUCAGUGGUGCAGUGGUCCAAGAUAGAGGAUGGUGUCAAUACUUAUCGCUUCCAGGGCUUAAAGCCAGGCACAAAUUACACCCUGUGCCUCACCUAUGGGGGUCAGGACUGCCAGGUGCAGGUGGUAUUUACCACAAGAAAGAAAAUCCCAUCUUUGCUUAUCAUAGUGGUGGUCAGCAUUUUCUUGCUGGCUUUGGCCACGGUGCCCCUGCUGGGAGCCACCUGCUGUCACCUACUGUACAAGUACCAGGGCAAGACCUACAAGCUGAUCAUGAAGGCACAGAAUCCAGACCAGAUGGAGAAGCACAUCGCCACGGACUUCGACCCCAGAGCCUCCUUUGUGGAGUCGGAGAAGAACUUCAACCCGAGUGAGCUGGGCGAGGGAGAGGGAGAAGCUGAUGGAGAGGAAGGAGAGGGUGAGGGAGAGGAGGUGGAGGGCAGCGUGGUGGCCGAGUCCAUUCCCGAGUCGCAGUCCAAAACUCAGGAGGAAUUUGAAGUGGGCUCCGAGUACAGCGACCGGUUACCUUUAGGCGCGGAGGCGGUGAAUAUAUCUGAGGAGAUAAACGGCAACUACAAAGAGCCACGCUGAAAGUAGCCCACAUGUGUUGCUAAAGGGAACGGACGGUGUGUAAAAUAGUUACUUUCGAACACAUUCCAAACCAGGCGAAUGCCGACUAUGUCAUCUCACGUUAUUCUUGUGCCCUGAGAAAAGGCGCGCUACUCAGUUUUACCUCAGAAGUUUAGCUUAACAGCACAUAGAUAUCUAAAGCGUAUAGAUAUCUAUGAGUUCGAAUCUCAGACGGGGCUUUGGACUGUACUGCGAACAAAGGGACUGUACUUCAACAAACCUCAGACCAGUUCAGUUAUACACUGAACCUAAAGUAAAGUCCACCUCCUUAAACAAACAUUUAAACAUAGAAAAAAAUAUUGGCGUUUACGCAUAUCCAUGUAUAAAUUCACAGUAGCCCAUAGCGGCCAGUCAUUAACCGAAACGCCCUGUAACCCAGGGUAUAGUAAAGUGGUCAUAAAGUGGUCAUCUAUAGCCCACAUCUGAACCCACAUUCAGAGGGUGCUGGAAAGGAUUUCACCUCCUUCCACUGCACAACAAGGCAUGAGCGUGUCUGUAAAAAAGAGAGUAAGAAAAAGAAAAGGACAAAAAACAACAACAAAACAAAUGAGUGACUCCAUCCAUUACUUGCCUCAUUACUAUCAUAAUUGUGAUCCCUUCUGCGAUCUGGUGCUUCAGAUAAUCUCGCCUCUCUGGAUGGAUGAAAUGAACGUGUCCUUUUCUCUGCUUUAAGAUAACCUUGUUCGUGGCAUGUCACACGUCCGUAUUUUCCAGUGUGUUUUCUUAUUAUUCUAGGCUGUAGGACGGUAGAUAUUCUAAGUGUCGGUUUGUGCUGUAAAAGCCAGUAAACACUGAAAAAGAUGUGCUCUUUUUAUAUCGCUCGCCGCUUCUCAGCGAGUGUCCUGUACAUUUUUUUGGGGUGAUUUCGUGUCGAACUGUUUAACGAUGUUGUAAAGAAAAACAAACGAACAAACAAAAAAAUCUUCCUACCCUACAAAGAUUUUGAUAUGAUUUUAUGUACGUGAAACUAAAUAAAAUUGUGAAAAACGGA